AAUCUUCGAUUUAAACCAACAUCUUCAUACAUACAGUUCCUUCAUACACAUCGGGUCAUAGCAGAUCAGCCCAGGUAACCUCGGGUCACAGCAGGCCAGCCUCGGUAACCUCAGAUCAGCCCAGGUCACAGCAGGUCAAGGCAGAUUAACCCAGGGUCACAGCAGUUCAGCCCAGGGACCCCAGGUUAGCCCAGCAAACACUGGACACAGCGAGUCAGUCCAAGUAAUUCUGGAUCACAGCAGGCCAGCCCAGGUAACCCUGGGUCAACCCAGGUAACAGCGGGUCAGCUAGGUUACUCUCAGUCUCAGUGGAUCAGAUAAGUCAAACAUGAUUUUUCUUUGUAAGUGUAUAUUGACUCUGUUUAGUCACAUAUUAUUUUCUAAGUGCCUUGCUAUCACUUUAUUGUAAAUUUUAACAUUUUCCCAACUACUGAUGUCAGUAAUUGGACACCAUUCAUUUACAAUCUUUCGUAAUAAUUUGCUUUAUGAAAUAACUUGAUUGAAAUACAGACUACUCAUUCAAGUUUAAAAGAAUGACUGGUGAUCUUAUUAAAACAUGUAACAUUCUGAGGGAUGGAUACUGUGAGAAUGUUUCUCCUUGUGAAAUUAUCAAAAUUUCCUCUCAAAGGGUUCUGAAUCUUUGAAAUUCUCUUCCUCAGAGAGCUGUGGUGGUGCAGAUUGACAGAUAUUUACACCACAAGAGAGGCAGGAGAUAUUACAAGAGAGCAAUAAGUGUGUUGGGGCUGGGAUGGGUCACCCAUGAUUUUAUUAAAUGGUCAGGCAGAUGCGAGGGGCAGAUUGGCCGGCUCCUAUUACUAUCUUCUUUAUUCAGCAUGAACGUAGUUGGAGCUGAUUCCUUAAUUGGACUACAUGCUGUUUGCAUUCCCAGCCUGCUCUCCGAGGAGUGGCUUUGCUGAAGGUCAUGUGUCACCAAGCAGCUAAAUAUACGGCAGGCAGAUUGCCAGAGCCAUGAGAGGACUGGAUUGACGGGGAAAAGCGAGGUGCCUACAGAGCGUGGUUUCAAGAAUAAUCAGGAAUACUGAUCUCUGAACAGGUACGGCAAGUGAAUUCAGUGUGAAACCACCGGUUCUUCCUGCACACGUGAAGACGAUGAAGAACCAGGAAACACCACAUGAGUCCGGUGGUCUGGAACCAGCGAUAGAGAGUCCCAAAGAGCAGGGCACAGGCAAGGAACCUUCACCCUCCCAAGGGGCAGAGGAGGAAGGAGGUGCGGAGGCUGCAGAACCUGAAGGAUUCCGGUUCUAUCAUAUGGACCUCUAUGAACCUAGUGAAUGCUUGGAAAUUUUUGCAGACAAACAAUCAACAUCCAAAGUGGCAGCCCUGCAGGAUACAUCGCAAGGUGUCCUGCAUAUUGAGGAGCAGCUUGCAGCAGAGGGACUCCCUGUGGAUCUGCUGAGCCAUGGCAUCUACAGAGAGGACCCUGGCUGUUUGUCUUUUCCAGAAGCAGAAUCUGGUAUGUGUCAGAACCUAAUGGAAUUUGCCAACAUCCUCCCUUUGCAAAAGCAGUUUGAUCCCUUCCAGCAAAUUGUGGAUUACUCAGAAAGCGCAAGUCAGUGCAGCGAAGGGCUCUUCAGCCCAAUAUCAGAGCAAAGCAUUUUUGAAGAGUCUGAGACAGAGGGUACCACAACCAAGUCUGGAGAUGAUGUGGCAGAGAGCGUCAGAGAUCUCAGAAGCCCGAGAAACAACGCUUCCAAGGAGACAGAACUGGAGCCAGAUGACCAGGAGACUGCCCAGGACCAGGAGCCAACCCCAGAUGUUUAUUGUCAGUCAUGUAAUAUUCCAAUUCCCGCUUUUGAGAAGCUCUUUGGAUUCCAUAAACAUCACAGCGUGAUCCCAUUAGCAGAGGCCGCAGUCGUUGCCAAGCUCGAGUGUCAGAACAAUCUGAAAAAGUUGGAGCAGCAACUGAUACAGAUGGAGACAUUUUCUAACAACCUGCAGGAAAUCUUUGUCACUGUUGAAGAGAACAUUGGUAAACAGGAGCACUACCUGGAAUUGCAGUACGACGACUUGAUGCAGUUCUUAGUUCAGCGUUUCGAGGACAGGAGCCAGGGGCUAGAGGAGGAGAAGAAGCUGAAGCUGGAGAAGUUGUACAAUAUGCUGGUGAGCUGUGGGAACAGCAUGGAUGGCUACAAGGAACUGAUGGAAGCCACUGACGUGCUCUUCACGACUGAAGACAAGCCAGCUUUCCUGAAGAAUGGAGAAACAAUCCUGAGCAGGCUGGAAGAGUUUCUCCAAGACUUGAACCCAGAACUUCCGACCCCACAUGAAUUUGAGAAUUUUCCAACAGAUAUGGCUGAGGUGCAACGGUUAAUAGACUCGAUCUGCAGCAUCCCAGUGCCGUCAGCCCCAUCAAUGUGUCCCCAGUCUCCCGACACAGCAACCUCCACCUCAGUGAAAGUCCGUUGGAGCCUCUCAGCUGACGAUACUGUGGAACAUUACCAGUUGUACUACAGAAAAUUAGGAGACAACACACAAGACGAGGGGGCUGCAGAUGCGUCGCUGAGAGUGAAGGAAAUGUUCUGUACCGUGAGGAACCUGCAGACUGGCUCCAUGUACGAGUUCUGGGUCACAGCCUCCAACUCUGCCGGUACAAGUGACGGCAGUGACCGUGCGGUGUUUACCACAGUUCCAGCAGCUCCGAGCAUCAGCAGCAGAGCGGUGGCGGUGUGCCAGAGUGCAGUGUUCAUGGAGUGGGAGGCCGGGAGCAGCCCACCACCACACUCCUACGCCCUGGAUUUCUGCCAAGUCUGCUGUGGCUGUGAUUGGACAGAAUCACUCACAGAAUCUGUGACUGGGAUAACUUCGUGUAAAGCAUUAAUUGAACUGGAGCCCAGUGAAAACUACAUCUUCUACCUCAGAGCAGUAAAUGGAGGAGGCAGCAGUGAGAGGAGUGCAGCCAUAACCGUUCAAACAACAGGUACUCAGCUUUAUCUGAUGGAGCAGACUGCGCACCUCUCACUCUCAAUCUUGCAGGACGGACUGACCAUAGUUUAUAAUGAAGAAAGUCAGCUCACAGACCCACCCACAAUCCAUGACAGGUUCACCAGUUCUGCCACCGUCAUGGCACAGUUGGUGCCAGUUCGAGGAAGGCAUUAUUGGGAGGUGGAAGUGGCUGAGGACAUGGAGUACAGGGUUGGAAUCGCCUACACGGACACCCCACGGGAUGCUCACUUUGGCUCUAACAUCACCUCCUGGUGCAUGCGGCACAUCCUCACCUCAUCCAGGAGUAAAUUUGAAUUCCUUCACAAAGGGCUGACUCCAGACUUGAGAAUCACUAUCACACCAACCAGAAUUGGAAUUCUCCUGGACUACGACACAGGAAAACUUUCUUUCUUCAAUGUCGACAUCUGUCAGCUCCUCUUCACCUUUUCACAGCAUUUUCAGAAUCUGGUCAAUCCCUGUUUUGCUUUGGAAAGUUAUGGCAUUUUAAAAGUCAGUCAUAAUAUUCCCUUCCCCGCGUUUACAAAACUACUGUGACAUAAUCCCGUUUCAGCCGCGGGUGCAAUGUUGGGUUUUAGUUGAAAGGAAAGCCUUCUUUAAAAAUGCAAGUACCUGUAUUUUCAAUUUUUGCAACUGCCUCUUCCUUGUACAGAGGCUGAGACCCGAGUCACCACCAGAGGUGCUCAUUCACAAGAACCUAGUGAACUGCACUUCCCAGCUGCUGAAAAUAAAUUGCACUCCUCUCCACCCCUAAUAUUUUCUUUAAUGUUGCUGCUUAGCUUGCCCAACUGCUAAGCAGCUCCCAUCACAAUGUUAACACAUAGAGGAUUGGAUAACCAACAAUGGGAAAUGUCACAAUUUAAAUCCUGCUCCAGCAAAUGAGUUGGGUGUAAGGCUGACCACCCAGUCGGUUUAUGAACGACAACAAUCAGAACUCACUAUUGGAGCUACAGUAAAAGCAGGUUUACUUCUGCUGAGUGUCAUGUAACGAUAAGGAUGUACAAAUUCAGCCCUAGUAAUUCAUAGCAGUAUCCAGUUGCAAUGGACAGGAUUAUUCCAAUCAUUUCCUCACUAUCUGUGAAUCCUGGUAAUAUUAUGUGGGGAAUGCAGGCUGGCAAUUUGAGGUGUGUUGAAAUAUUGAAAUGCUGAUUAAAAAUAAAUCAGCAACUUA